AUGGGGCUGCGCGCCGCCGGGCUCAUCGGCUGCUGCUGCCUGCUGCCCCUCGUCCUCCCCGCAGCCCCAGGUGUGAACUGUAAAACUGGCUGCCACCCAGAGAAUGGAUUUUGUGAAUUUCCAGGUGAAUGCAGGUGUCAACCUGGUUGGCAGGGUGCUCUUUGUAAUCAGUGUGUUCCCUUCCCUGGCUGUUUGCACGGCAGCUGUGCCAAGCCCUGGCAGUGCAUUUGUGAGGAGGGCUGGGUUGGCAGCCUCUGUGACAUAGAUAUUCACCCGUGUUCUGCAAAGCCCUGCACCAAUAACUCAACGUGCAUAGAGACUGGAGAUGGGGGAUAUAUUUGCCUGUGUGCCCAGGGAUUUAUGGGAAAAAACUGCCAUCUGAAAAAAGGACCCUGCAUUAUUAAUGGCUCUCCGUGCCAGAACGGAGGAACGUGCGUUGACGACAAUGGGUUUGCACCCCAUGCUUCCUGUCUGUGCCCUUCUGGUUUUGCUGGCAACUUCUGUGAAAUAGAUAGAGAUGACUGUGAAUCCAACCCGUGUGAAAAUGGAGGAACAUGUACAGAUAUUGGUGGGGGUUUCAGUUGCUUUUGUCCCCAUGGCUAUACAGGAAAGCUUUGCAGCAGCCACAUCUUAUUCUGUGCAAGCAGCCCAUGUGAGAAUGGAGGCACAUGUAUUGAACAUCCACAGGGAGGAUUUGAAUGCAUCUGUAAGCCAGAAUUCAUCGGUGGGACCUGCAAACAUCCCAGCAAUAGCACAAGUCUUCCUGGAGUGAAUGUGGAGACAAAGCACACCCAGAAUCACAAGCCACCCUCCAAAGCUCAUCACAGAUCAGUGCAGCAACAAGAAGUCCUGAAAAUAACAAUGAAAGAAACAAUCCAAAAGGCAGAUCCCUUGCUCAGCAGAAGCCAGGUGAUAUGUUUUGUUGUACUGGGCCUACUGACGUGUCUUGUUGUGUUGGGUACAACCGGCAUUGUGUUCUUUUCCAAAUGUGAAAUGUGGCUCGCUAACGCCAAAUACAGCCACCUCCUGCGCAAGAAGAAGAACUUCUUACUGAAAUCCAACAACGGGGAAAACCUCUCUGUUAACAUUAUCUUCCCAGAGAAGAUCAAAUUGACUAAUUACACUAAGAACUACACCGCCAUCUAG